UAAAAAGAGUCGCGGCUUCGUUAACAAAGUGAGUACCUUGAAAGCAGAGCAACCGACUCGAGUCUCUCGGGUUAUGGCGAUAGAUGGAAUCGAAGCUCCCUCUUCUCCCUCUCAGUCCUCUUCACAUUUCAGUCAACCUCGUCACUUCUAUGUUGCCGUGGACAGGCUCCAGUUCAAGAUGGAGACGCUGGUGGAUCUGUUAGGCUUGGCUGGGACGCGCAAGUGCUUGCCGAUGGUAGUCUGUUGCAGCUCACGUGACGAGCUUGACGCGGUUUGCUGUGCCGUUUCCAAUCUCCCUUACAUUUCCUUCUCCUCUCUGUACAGUGACCAAGUUGAAGUAGACCGAGCUUCAAUAUUGGAGAAAUUUCGGCAAGUUACAACAGUUUGGAGCCAAAAAGUAACUGAGCCUUCAGGAGAUGAUGCUGACAUUGAAAAAGAUGAGUACAAGUCACAUAUGAUAGUUGUAACAGAUGCUUGCCUUCCACUUCUUGCUUCCGGAGAAUCUCCUAUAUCUGCUCGUGUUCUGAUAAAUUAUGCAUUACCAUCAAAGAAGGAAACAUACAUGAGGCGGAUAGCAACUUGUUUGGCAGCAGAUGGUAUUGUAAUCAAUAUGGUGGUCGGGGGUGGUGAAGUGGUAACUCUAAAAGCAAUUGAAGAAAGCAGCAACCUUAUUAUAGCAGAGAUGCCCAUACAUAUUUCCGAGAUGUUGUGAUGCUGUUAGUCUUCUGCAUGUCAAAAACACAUUGGAGAUCUUGAUCCCGUGAGUGAUUCAGAUUUUCUGUUUGCAACCGUGAUGUAUUGAAACUACUUUGGUCCGAAGUUACCCACUACUGGUUCAUCAAGAUUUAUAUUUGUCUUGCAGAUGAACAUUAGCUUUAUUUGUUAAGGAACAAAUUCAAUCAUGUUACUGGAAUAGAAGAACUUUCGUAGGAAAAUUAACUCAAGAAAAGAAGUGGUCUUCUACCUUGUGGAACUUGAUUUCCGGGCAGAGUUAAGAUCCUCUAUUCAGUACUUGACUGAUGUUCUUAUUCUAUUAGAGUGAGUGUUUCUAAAUGAGUUAUUUUUUUGAAGUUCUUGUGGACCAAAAAUAUUGAAAAAAUGUUUAGACCAGUUUUGUAAAGAAAGAAAAAAGGAAGGUUAUAAGGACGGUGGU